AUGGCAUCAUCAGGAAGUACAGAAUUGUAUACUACUACAACAAGGAUAAAUAGAGAGAUAGUUACUAUAAAUAGGACAAGGGAUCUUAGAUACGCCAUAAAUAUUACCGGAAACGGAACAUUCUCAUACAAGAUUAGUGCGACCACAAUCGAAGAAGGCCCUUACAAAAGUGGUGAUAAUAUAACUAUACCUUCACUUGUUAAAUCAAGACGUAAUGCAGAUGAAAAUUCUACCUCUCCUUUCAACCGCUCGAUGAUAGCCGGAUUCGUUGCAGGGUUUAUUGUCCUAGUGCUAAUUCUCAUUGUUGUGAUUACUUCAUAUAAACGUCGAAAUCGCAAUCGUAAAAAUAAACACGAAGAUAUAGUUAUGGACCAAGUACCUGUAUCACUGGCUGUCAUUGACGAUACACCAGUCCCAGAGAAUAAUGAUUAUGAUGAUCUCCUAAAGGUGUCUGCAAAAAGUUCUUUCGACACAGAAAACAACUUAGAAGAUCAUACAUAUGAAGAAACUGAAAGCUCCAUUCCUGAUUUGAUCAUGAUGACUGCCCAGAGCCCAACAGAAUCUCUUCCGCCAGAAAGUAAGCUCACGGAAGAAUUUAAGAGCAUACCCGUGGAGCCGAUGCAUGAAUGCAAGAUGGCAAAGAGACCUGCCAACAAGAAAAAGAAUCGUUACAAAAAUAUUGUUGCGUAUGACCACUCGCUUGUUACUUUGGAACCAGUUAAUGAUGAUCAAGACUCGUGUUAUAUCAAUGCAUCCUUUAUUCGCGGAUAUGACGGAGCUCCUGCAGCGUAUAUUGCAACACAAGGUCCAUUGAACAAUACAUUGGAUGACUUUUGGCGUAUGAUCUGGGAUCACGAAAUAUCUUCAAUUGCCAUGCUUACCAAUCUUCUUGAGCUUGGAAAGAGAAAGUGUCAUCAAUAUUGGCCUGAUAAAAAUUCUGCUCGGUAUUCAGACAUCACUGUCACCAAUCACAAGACAGAGGUUUUUGCAUACUUCACCAUCCGUACUUUCUUUGUGUCGAAGGACGGCGUGCCAAAACGAAAAGUUCUUCAUUUCCAUUUCACCGCGUGGCCAGACAAUGGAGUACCUCUACAUGCUACGGCUGCACUUGCAUUCAGGCAAAAGGUGCUUGCAAUGUCUUCCGACGAUAACAGACCAGUGGUUAUCCAUAGCAGCGCUGGUGUUGGAAGGACUGGUACCUACAUAAUGAUUGACGCAAUGCUUCGACAAGCCCAAACUGAACAGCAAACUCUGGAUAUUCCUGGUUAUCUCCAUGCAAUACGAGACGACAGACCAUACAUGGUGCAAACCCUAGAGCAGUACAUCUUCGUGAACAUGGCUAUUUAUGAGGCUCUCACUUGUGGAAACACAGAAUUACAGGCCCACGAACUCCGUAGCAUCAUGCAUCGGUUGUCAACUGUGGAUAUACGCCAGAAACGUACAGGUUAUGCGCUGGAGUUUCAGGUAUAAAAUUCAUCCUAUAAAUUGCGAACUUGUUUA